UAGCUUUUUAUAAGUAAAAUCGAAUAGAAAUACCUAUGAAACGAUAAGUGAAAUUACUAAAAUGAGAAGAAGAGAAAUAUACGAGGACAAAGAACCACUUCUCGAACCUGAAAAUGAGGUGCGCCAAAAAAACUGGGACGCCUUUCGAAACAAACCCAGGAAAAUCGACACCGGGUCCACAGCCGAGUCGAAAUUUAUCGACACAGGAGUGAGAAUUUUAAAAUGCUUCACCGUAACUAUUACCUUCAUUGUUGUGUUGGGAACAGCAGCUGUAUCAAAGGGAACGUUGCUGUUUAUGACUUCGCAGAUAAAGAAAAAUAUUACCAGGCCCUAUUGCAACCUGAAUAUAGAGGAAAACCAAAGGUUUCAAGUGACCCUACCGACUGAGGAACGGGUGGUAUGGAUGUGGUUGGUAAUGUUCGCGUAUAUGGUUCCAGAACUGGGUACCUUCCUACGAUCCGUAAGGAUAAUAUGCUUCAAAUCCUGGAGUUAUCCCACUUUCUGGGAUUUCUUUUGGCUUUUUAUUACGGAGACUUUACCAGCUAUCGGGAGUUCUCUCCUAGUCUUCAUCAUUUUUCCGGAAUUGGACGUGAUCAAGGCGGCGAUGCUGACCAACGCUGCGUGUUUCAUACCAGGGUUUAUAACUUUCUUCUCGAGACACCCGCAUUCCAUCAACAGCACCCUUAAACUGGUAUUGGAUAUAGUAGCCAUCAUAGCACAAGCUAGCGCCUUUGUGGUAUGGCCUCUAACAAACGGAGAAACCAUAUUGUACGUUAUACCAGUCAGUCUGAUUUUCAUUUCCUUCGGUUGGUGGGAAAACUUCGUGUCGGAGAAAAGCCCGAUACCUUACAUCAGUAAUUUGGCGAAAACCAAGAGGGAGUUCAAGAACAAAACCUAUUUCAUGUACGCCAUACUAGCCCCAUGGAAAUGCCUGGUGUUCUUCAUUACGACAAUUGUUAGCAUUAUAAUAAGGGAGGGAGACGUCGAUUUUUUGUUUUCGUACUUCGUCAAAGCUUUCCAGUCGCACAGUAUCAACGUCACUGAGACGGGACCAAGUAUUGGAAACACGAACCUGUCCUACCAAGACGCCGUCGCCAACGGAUUCGGCACGGUGAUAGAGACCUCAAUUUGGACCCCCCUAAGCGUGUUUAUAAUCAACGCGAUAUGCACGUACGUAUGCUACGCGUUUGGGAAAUUCGCGAGCAAAAUCAUGAUACAGACCUUCAGUUUCGCCCUCCCCAUAAACCUCACCGUGCCCGUCGUCCUGACUGGCCUGAUCGGCAUGUGCGGGAGAUACAACAGAGACGAAUGCGCUUACGUUCACAUAAUCCCCGAGUAUCUAUUCUUCAGCUCUCCCUCGCUGUACUACUUGAACGAGUUCGUUUCGCAUCAGCACUCUUGGAUCUGGUUGAUUUGGUUGUUGUCCCAAUGCUGGAUCACGAUACACAUAUGGACGAACAACAACGAAAGGCUGGCGUCCACUGAAAAACUGUUCUUCAAACCCAUGUACGACGCCUUCCUCAUCGAUCAAUCCAUAGCUCUCAAUAGGCGGAAGAUCGAGGACGAUAUGAAGAAGCCGGAGGAAGUUAAUGAGAACGAGUCACCCCUAGAAAUGAACAAAGACAAAAUCACUCGUAUAUACGCUUGCGGAACCAUGUGGCACGAGACCAAAGAGGAAAUGGUGGAGUUCUUAAAAUCCGUUUUGAGGAUGGACGAAGACCAGUGUGCUCACAGGAUUGUCAGAAACUAUCUACAGUACAACUUACCGAACUACUACGAAUUUGAAACUCAUGUACUAUUUGACGACGCAUUUGUAAGGGUAACAGAAAACGAUCAGGAUCCCCACGUCAAUCAGUACGUCCUGGACCUGAUAGAAUCUGUAGCAGUAGCUGCUUCAGAUGUUCAUAAGACCAACGUAAGGAUAAAACCGCCCGUCAUAUAUCCAACACCAUAUGGAGGAAGACUGGUUUGGACACUGCCAGGCAAAACUAAGAUGAUAGCUCAUUUAAAAGAUGCAGACAAGAUUAGGAAGAAGAAGAGGUGGUCGCAGGUUAUGUACAUGUACUACCUUUUGGGAUACAGAAUCAUGGAAAACGACGAGCUAACCCCAUCCAGAGUCUCGGCGAUUAGUGAAAACACGUACCUGCUCGCUCUUGAUGGCGACAUUGAUUUCCAACCACCCGCGGUACAUUUACUGGUGGACUACAUGAAGAAGAACAGAAGCCUUGGUGCGGCUUGCGGCAGAAUCCAUCCUAUCGGGUCUGGAGCUAUGGCUUGGUACCAGAUCUUUGAAUAUGCCGUAGGGCAUUGGUUGCAGAAAGCGACGGAACACGUCAUUGGCUGCGUACUUUGUAGUCCUGGAUGCUUUUCACUGUUUAGGGCUAAGGCGCUUAUGGACGAUAACGUCAUGGCAAAAUACACCACCGUUUCCGAAGAGGCUCGUCAUUACGUUCAAUAUGAUCAAGGGGAAGACAGAUGGUUGUGUACGUUGCUACUGCAAAGAGGAUAUCGUGUGGAAUACUCGGCGGCGUCUGACGCUUACACCCAUUGCCCUGAAGGAUUCAACGAGUUCUAUAACCAGAGGAGAAGAUGGAUGCCUUCUACUACCGCCAAUAUCCUGGACCUUUUGACUGACUAUAAACAUAUUAUUAAGAUCAACGACAAUAUUUCCAAGCCGUAUAUUCUUUACCAAAUGAUCCUUAUGAUAGGUACCACCAUUGGGCCUGGAACUAUUUUCCUUAUGUUAGUGGGAGCCUUCGUUGCUGCAUUUAAACUUGAUCAAUGGACCAGUUUCGCUUGGAAUAUCGUUCCCAUUUUAAUGUUUGUCAUAGUCUGCGCUACCUGCAAAGCCGAUACACAGUUGUUCUUCGCUGGGGUUAUCAGUGCUUUAUACGGUUUGGUCAUGAUGGCCGUUCUGAUAGGUAUAGUUAUGCAAAUAAAGGAUGACGGUUGGCUAGCCCCCUCGUCGCUAUUCUUCUUUUGCCUGGCUCUGGAGUUCGUGAUAACGGCUAUGAUGCACCCUCAAGAAUUUUACUGUUUAAAAUACGGCGUGAUCUAUUACGUCACCGUACCCAGUAUGUACAUGUUGCUGGUUAUUUAUUCGAUCUUCAACAUGAACAACGUAUCUUGGGGAACCAGAGAAGUGACGAUCGUGGCGAAACCACAGGUAAAGGAAGAGGCCAAGAAAGAGGACGGGAAGGCAGAUGAAAAGGGAAAAGAGGAGAAAAAGAAGCCCGACAAGACCCACAAAAUUUACUCUUUCUUUGGAAACAACAAGGACAACGCAGGAUCUUUCGAGUUCAGUUGCGCCGGUCUGUUCAAGAUGAUGUGCUGCACUCAUCAAAAAGACGGGGAGGAAAGUCAGAUAUUGAAAAAUAUGCAGGCGUCGUUACUGCAGUUGCAACAGAAACUCGAUCAGAUAGAACGCAACCAGUUUGCUCCCCCGGAGCCAAUGGAGCAACGAAGACAAACAGCCAGACGCACAACUAUUAUAGAAGGGUCGAGGGCAUCCAGGGCUUCAUCUAUAAGGAAUUCUACAGUCCACAUGAUGAAAAACACUCUUGGUGACCUUGACGAAGAUUACGACGAUGAUUCAAUUUUAACACCCUCUGAUGAUGUCCAGGAAAAUAGUUGGUUCUAUGAUGGCGAACUUAUAAGGAGCGAGGUUGCUUACUUGGAUCGAAAAGAAGAGACUUUUUGGGGUGAUGUAAUCGGGAAGUACUUACAACCUAUAGAACACGACAAAGACAAAGAGAAAAAAGUGGCUAAAGACUUAAAGGACCUCAGGGACAAGAUGGUCAUAACGUUCUUCAUGAUUAACGCUCUUUUUGUGUUGGUUGUGUUCCUUCUAACCUUACAAAAAGAGAUACUACACGUAAAUUGGCCAAUCGAUCCAAAAGUUAAUUUCACGUAUUUCCUCGACCAAAAUGAGAUUCACGUCCAAAAAACGUACCUAGAACUCGAGCCCAUCGGUUUCGUAUUCCUGAUAUUCUUCGCUGUCCUCAUGGUCGUCCAAUUUAUCGCCAUGUUCAUUCAUCGUUUCGGUACCUACUCGCAAAUCAUGGCGAACACCAUCAUCGACUGGGACCCGUUCGCUACGGAGAAGGUCGAAAAUCUCACAGAGGAGGAGAUUCUCGAACGCGAUCCAGUGAGAAUAUUCAAGAAACUUAUGAUGCUCCAAGGGAUCAACGACGACGAGUACGACGAGAGCGAGGCACCCGUUACUCGCAGGGAUACCGUACACACCCUGGCGUUAAAUAAACGCAACAAAAAGCCUAUUAUAGAGGACCUGGACAAGGCCUUCUCAACUCGCAUGGAGAAGAUUUUGAAUAGCGACAGUGACAAAAAUCUGCCGGUACCAAGAAAAACAAUGCUGGCAAUCGGAAAGAGAAGAGAAACUGUUACAAGAAGAAAAUCCCAAAUGCCUCAGUUCACCAACAUACCGUCACAUUUUGACAAUAUGGGCGGCGAGCACAAUAUGGGAGCAAUAUUCAAUGAACCGCCUAAUCAAGAAUCCCAGUUGUGAUAUUCGUGGAGACUAUAAUUUAUUUUUAAUUUUUAAACUACGAGAAAUACCGAUGGUGCUAAUAUUCUUUAUUUAUGGUAGAAAAAUUGUUAAUUUCUAUUACAGAAUUCGCUGCCUAUCGCCGAGUAAACAAAAUGUGUAUAAACAAAUACAGCUUAAAAUAUGUGCGAAA